AUGUCUCAUGAUUAUCCACAGAUAUUGUUAAAACUUCAACUCGAAGAAGAUGCAUAUUUUAAUCAGUUGAGUUAUGGGCAUAUUAUCAAUCCCCCAACAACCAACAGUGACGUAAAAGCAAAUUACGAGAGCCAAAAGGACGAAGACGAGGAAACUAACAUCAGUAGCGUACAAGAGCAAGAGCAAAAGCAAAUAAGUAGGAAAACCCAUAAAGAAGUUUCUGCAGAGAAAGAUCUGCAAAUUUUUAUUGGUCAAAACUGGUUUACUUUGCACUUUAAUCAGUUGAAUGAAUUACGAGUCAAUAUUAAUCAGCAACAAAUUCGAGCAUAUAAUGACCUGGUGAAACGAUAUAGGAAAUGCGAAAGGCAUUGGAUACGACUAUACCGUGAAAAGAAGAAGCAAGAAGGAGAGAAGAAGGAGAGACAAUUGCAAAAAAGAGCAAGGCGAUUGGAGAAGAAACAACAAAUAAAGCAACGGGUUAGAUAUGUAACAAAGAAGUUGCUGGGCAAACUAAACUAUAAAAAAGUCAAGAUAAAACUAUUAAAUAACAGUGUGGCUCACAAGAACAUUGAAGAGGCGAACAAGAGUAAUUCGGUUAGGAGUAUAUUUACGUCUGUCAGAAUUGAGAGACUCUUCCAGAAGAGCACUAAUGAAUCAAAUGUGAUUAAAAAAGAGGAUGCACGAAGUAAGAGCAAAUCAGUUAAUGGUCAUCGAAAUGAACAAGACAUUUGGGGACAUAAACGUCCUAAAUUGAAAGGUAUUGCAAAAAUUCAAAGCUUUCAAUGCCUAAGCCAUGAAAAUGACAAACUCAGACCCAUUUACUGCAUUUUCACCAUUAAAAAUACCAGCACCAGUUCCCAAGAUCAACCUCCCCAGCAAUACCAAUCCCAAGGCCUGAUACUAGUACAACUUUUGCAACGUCUGUUACAAGUAAAUUAUCUACGAUGGGUCGAUAUCAAAUUGGUCAAAUACAAGAUUCAACUACAAGUCAAAGUUAGACUCCUUUACCAUGCGGCUCAUUUGGUGAUUUUCAAAUAUCGAAUAUACAGAAUAAAGCUAAUAAGAAAAUUCCCUUCAUUGUUGAGCUGGACCAACAGAAAGAAAAUACAGAUCACCAGAUUACGAAUAAGGUUAAAAAAGAGCAUCAUUACAAAUCUCAAUCAAAACAAAGAAUUUACAUUCAAUGCAAAUAUAGACGCAGAAUAUGAUAAUGUUUUACCGCAAGACAAUUUCAUGCACAUUCAUCAAGCAUUUCUUCAAUUUGAAAUGUAUAAAUUACAUUUACUUUGUCAAUAUCGUCCCCAAUUUACUUAUUUAUCCAUUUAA